AUGGUGAUCAAAGUCUUUGUAGCCACAUCUUCGGGGUCUACAGCGAUCAAAAAGAAACAGCAAGAAGUAGUGGGCUUUUUAGAGGCCAACAAGAUUGACUUUCAGCAAAUGGACAUAGCAGGUGAUGAAGACAACAGGAAGUGGAUGAGAGAGAAUGUCCCAGGUGAAAAAAAGCCUCAAAAUGGAAUUCCCCUCCCUCCACAGAUCUUCAAUGAGGAGCAGUAUUGUGGGGAUUUUGAAUCCUUUUUCUCUGCUAAAGAAGAAAAUAUUAUUUAUUCAUUCCUGGGUCUUGCUCCUCCUCCAGGCACAAAGGAGACUGAAAAGUCUGAUGCCGCGGAAGAAACUGAGGCACACACAGAAGACAAGGCAGAUGAAGGGGCUCAUGAAGAGGCUCAGUCUGAUCAGUCACCAUCAGAAGAUCAACAGGAAAGCAAGGAAGAACAUGCAGCAACAGGGGUAUACUUAACCAUGAAGAAGAAGAGAAGCAGGACGAGGGAGAAGAAAAGGAAGAGGUAGAGGAGCAAGAAGAGUCUUAGUACAGUUCCCUAUGACACAUUCUUUCUUGAACAGGUUUUCAGGAAGCACAAGCUGGAGCAGCCCCACCAAAGAAAAUAAAAUCACUCUCUCAAGCAAACCAUCACUACCUUUCAUGCCUGUAGACAUAUGAACAUAUAA